AUGUCAAGUUAUAGCAGUAUGUCUCCUUCAGACGAGGGAUUCGACAGAUAUGAACCACCCUACUACUGCCAACCUUCACAUCAAGGUAGUCCCAUGGACGGAGGAGUGUAUUGGCCGGCAGCUAAUGGCGAGGGACAGGAGUACGACGCCCAGGACGUGUAUCACGAUACCACACACUACAUAGGAAGAGGAUAUGGCUAUGAGGAGAUGCAGAUGGCUGGGAAUGAACCGUACGAUUCCUACCACCACAACAUGGCACACAGCUUUCCAUCAAAUAAUACAGGUUUAGAUUGUGACCUUCAAAAUCUCCCGCUGCGCUACGACCGGCCAGCGCCGCCCUCUUUCGUAAGAGUAGCCAAAAGAAGGACUACUGCCAACAAGAAGGAGAGAAGAAGAACACAGAGUAUUAAUACUGCUUUUUCAGAUUUGCGGGAGUGCAUUCCUAAUGUACCGCCUGAUACGAAGCUGUCCAAGAUGGUGCGAAAGAGAUCGCAGAGCAUCAAUUCCGCAUUUACAAGUUUGAGACAGCAUAUCCCAAAUGUUCUACCAGACACAAAGAUGACGAAGAUCAAAACUCUGCGGCUGGCCACGUCAUACAUCUCAUAUCUGCUGAAGGUAUUGGAGACGGAUGGGGAACCUGCUGGCGGAUUCAGAGCUGAUCUCCAUCACACACCGCCCAGGAGACGCGCUGUUGAAAGUCAGCAAAAUUCAUCAGCCGAGAAGAGAUCCAAGGGCCGCACGGGUUGGCCACAACACGUUUGGGCACUAGAACUGAAAACUGAACAAAACCUACAAACCUAA